UCAUCCGCGCGAUCAUUGCACUCGCCCGCUUGUGUGGCUUUCGUUUUACAGUGUGCGUGUCAAAGUGCGUGUCAUCUAGCGAUUGAGGCACCGGUUAAGUGCGUACAGGUUUCAGGUCAGCUUACGGCGUCAGCUUUUCGACGAUUCAUUGGGCCAAACGCCCGUCACACUGACGUCACAAAACGUUGCAGCAAUUCGCUCGCAAAGUAAAGCAAGGCUGUGAAGUGACUGUUGUGUGACCUGUGCAUUAUCCCGCGAGAAGAGGGACCGACGUCACCGAAAAUUUGAUCCACCCACGGAAACGUUUGUACAGGUGCAUCACAAGAAGGUGUUCGGGAAGGGCGAGAUAUAGGAGAUUAAAUCAAUACCCUUCUAUCGCUAUCUGUGCCUUUUCGAGUGGUGGUAUUAUCGAUUGAUAACGCUUAAAGCCGACAGUUCAAGCCGAAUCAUCAUGAGACAAAUCGGAAUGGAGAUCGAAGACCCGCUGAAGCGGAUACAGGAGGAGAUCAAUGAGGUGACGCGCCGGGAGCAGGAACUACGCGAAGGUCACCGGACGGAUCCGAGCGAAAGGAACGGGCUGGACCUGAACGAUGACAAUCAUUCGACGGGCAACUCGGACGAUUCGGGGCUCUCCCUAUCGCCCACACCGGUGCACUCGCCCUCGGUGUCCAACCUGAAGGACAAACUCGAGCAGAAUGGCAAGGAGUCGCACCAACGGCGCGAGGAGGAGCAACAACGCCGGGCAUUCAUUUUACCGAACCCGAAAGCACUGACACGGGCCCGUUCCACGCCGCAGCUUUUCCACACCUCGACGCCGCCGAGACGCUUCAACCCGAAUCCGAACCAUCGCGGCAUCAUGCAGAAGUUCAUCGCUUCACGCGGACGGCUCAGUAAGCUGGCCGCAAACGGUGCCCAAUCCGGUCCGGUUGCGAACGUGCCGCAGAUGAUGACAACCGUAGCCAGCACGAAAGCAGAUCCGAUCGUGCCCUCGGUCGAUCUGAACCGUUCGCAUUUGAUGAUUCUGCCGACGGCCAUCUCGACACCGCCUGCGAUUGAACGCGACUCCAAUGGUAAACCUAUCCGGCGUGGUUACGUUCCGGUCGAGGAAAAGAUCCAACGUGAGCUGCGUGAUCUUAAGACGCGCGAAUGCGAACUGAAACGGAUCCGCAAGCUUAACCGGAACGCAUCGCAGUCGGAUCUGUUGGACAUGAACUAUGAUGCUUUCGAAUCGAGUGAGGAAUUGUCGGACGAAGAUAAUACGGACGAACCGAUCUAUCCGCUGGCGAGCAAGCUUCGGUCAACCAAAUCAAUUAGCGAACUCUGUGACGCCCUGACCAACUCUAGUCUUUCGCCGAGGGAAACUCCUUCACCAUUGUUUGAAAGUCGCUCGCGAAUGGGCAAUGGAUGCGGUGGAGGAAUGCGACCGGCAAUGUCCUUGGCCCAGCUGUGCGAUCUUGACCCGCAGGAAGCACCUUCGUCGCACAAACUGAUCGCUCAAUGGGAAAGUCUGAUUCAACAGAAACAGCAACGAUAGAGAAGCAGUGAGCAUGUGGUUUUUUUUGGCAGGCAUCCCGAACGGGGAGAUCGCCUAAAAUACUACCGAAUGGGCUAAAGAAAAAUUGCCUAUCCGAUAUGAAAAGUUAACUAAUUUAAUGUGAUUUUUGUUUUUGUUUGGUUGGUUCUAAUUGCCUACUUCAAGAAAACAACCAAUCGUAACGAUAUAGUGGGACAGGUUUUUUACGCUUCCUUUUUUUACUUUGUUUCUCCUUUUUUCGCUUCCAUCUAUUAUGGUUUAAAGUCGCACUUCAAACAACAGUUGCUUAAAAGAUUUUGCUUCAAAUUGGUUGUGUUUUACGCAGGAUAACCAUCUCUUCUGGAUUAAUUUAUUUGUUACUUAUCAGAAAUUGCAUUACCCAUGUUGUGAGACGCUGGUUGUCAAGAAGCAAGUUUUCUAGGAAAGCAAAACAUAUUUUAUAGCGUUUGGUUUACUUUUGAAGAACAUACAAAAAAUUGUUAAACAAAACAAAUCAAUGAAAUAUGAAUUCGUAAGCAGCAACAAAACGUUUAAAAUGUCAUUCGACAGGUAUGUGUGCGAACGUGUGUGUGUUCUAUAAACAUGAACUGCGAUGAUUGUGGAGGUUUUAUAUAUUUAGCUUGAACGCUUGCAACAACAUACUUCCGAUCAGACUCGUGCUAGAACGUAUGAAAAUAGGCUCAAACUUAUCAUAAGACCGUAGUCGCUAGGGGCUUGUAUUAUAUACUAUACAUGUUAUAUGUUAGCAGUAUGCAGCAAUGGUAUACAUAUAUUAAGGAUCGUUUAUAAACCAACCUGCAUAAGGAUGGCAACUGCACGGUACGGUUUGCUAGCAGCAUGCCAAGCAGGCCGAAAUAGGUUCGCUAGUAGUGUCGAAUCAUUAACAAACGGUAGGCAUUUUUUAUUCUUCAGCGAGAUUAUUUAGCGUCCGUGUCCGUCGGGGAUGUAUCCUAACGAUAUAUGCAUAAUGAGUUUGUAUUUAUGUGUUUUCUUUUGCUUUCCAUUACUGAAUAGUCGAUUUGCUACAAAUGGACAUAUUCAUGAAAGGAAAAUAAAAUAAAUUUAUUGA